AUGGCCCUCCAACAACUCCCCCCAACCUACAAAGCAAUCCACCUCGCCACCCGCCCCAAAGACCACAUAACCCCCACAACCUUCACAACGCAAACCCACCCGACCCCCUCCCCCUCCUCCCUCCAACCCGGCCAAGUCCUCUACCAACCACACUACCUCUCCCUCGACCCGGCGAUGCGCGGCUGGCUCAACGACGUGCGCUCCUACAUCCCCCCAGUCCAAAUCGGCGCCGUGAUGCGCGGCGUCGGGGUAGGAACCAUCCUCGCGUCGAACUCCCCGCUUUUCAAGGAGGGCGACGUCGUGCAGGCGCCCAGCGGCUGGCGGGAGCUCGCGGUGCUCAAGGAUCGGGACGUCGAGCGGAUCUCCCUGACGCCUGGCGCGCGCAUGACGGAUUACAUCGGCGUGCUGGGGAUGCCCGGGCUGACGGCGUACUUCGGGCUGCUGGAGGUCGGGCGGGUGAAGGCGGGGGACUUCGUGGUGGUCAGCGGCGCGGCGGGCGCGACAGGGAGUGUGGUGGGCCAGAUCGCGAAGGUCAAGGGCGCGCGGGUGUUGGGGAUCGCGGGGUCCGAGGAGAAGUGUCGGUGGUUGGUGGAGGAGUUGGGGUUUGAUGCGGCGUUGAAUUAUAAGGAGAAAGAUUUUGCGAAGAAGUUUCGGGGGGCGACGAAGGGGUUGAUUGAUGUGUUCUUUGAUAAUGUUGGGGGGGAGGUUUUGGAUUUGGCGUUGGGGCGGGCGAAGGAAUUUGCGCGGUUUGUUAUGUGCGGCGGCAUCUCGCAAUACAACACCAAGAACGCCCAAGGCCCAAAGAACUACCUCAUGAUCGUGACGAUGAGGAUCCGGAUGGAAGGGUUUGUCGUUUUCGACUAUGCGAAGGACUAUGCCAAGGCGCAGAAGGAGUUGGCGCAGUGGUUGAGUGAGGGGAAGAUCAAGAGGCAGGAGACGAUUAUGAAGGGUGGGAUUGAGAAGAUGCCGGAGGCGUUGCAGGCACUGUAUGCUGGUGCUAAUACUGGCAAGUUGAUGGUCGAGGUUACGCCGCCUAGCAAGCAGCUGCAGGCGAAGUUGUAG